GUAUUACCAGCAUAAUACAUCGGUUCUGUUAUUCCUUUCGCUAUGUUAUACGGCUAUCCAAAUUUGUACAUCCAGUAAAGCAGAAUAUCAACUUUACAAAGAUCUUUUAACAAAUUAUAAUGCGAUGGUAAGACCGGUAAAAAACAGCUCUGAGCCAUUAACUGUUUCUAUCAGGGUAUUCCUUCAGCAAAUCAUAGGAGUGGAUGAGAAAAAUCAGGUGAUCGAAAUUAACGCUUGGCUCAAGUACGUAUGGAAAGAUUAUCAAUUGACAUGGGAUCCAGACAAAUAUGAACAAUUGAAAACUAUAAGAUUUCCCGGAGACGGUACGAUAUGGCAACCUGAUGUUUUGAUGUACAACAGUGCCGACGAAAGUUUUGACUCUUCAUAUAAAAGUAAUUUGGUGGUGUAUUAUGACGGUGUUGUUAACUGGAUACCUCCUGGUAUAUUUAAAGCAUCAUGUAAGAUAGAUAUUACUUGGUUUCCAUUUGACGAUCAGUCAUGUUUUCUAAAGUUUGGAUCAUGGACGUAUCAUGGUUAUGACCUUGACUUACAGAUUGAUCAAGAUUACAAGCCACCCUAUCCAUCAAUGGAUCUGUCCAGUUAUCUUCCAAGCGGUGAAUGGGUUCUAAAAGACGCACCAGCAUUCCGGGAUGUCAAACAUUAUUCGUGUUGUGAAGAACCGUAUCCAACAAUCCGAUUUUUUAUGAAUCUUCGCCGCCGUACACUGUACUAUGGAUUCAAUCUAAUAAUUCCUUCACUUGUUAUCUCAAUGAUGACAUUAAUGGCUUUUUCGCUUCCACCCCAUGACAUGUCUGAAAAAAUUGGUUUCCAGACAACGAUUCUGUUGUCCGUUUGCUUCUUCCUUACAAUUGUCAGCGAAAUGACACCGGCUACUUCUGAAGCCAUACCACUUAUAGGUAUAUUUUUCUCAACCCUAACAAUGAUAGUUUCCGUUUCAACUACAUUCACCAUCACCAUUUUAAAUUUACGUUACCGACAGGCCGACAAUCACCGUAUGGGAAGGACGUUUCGUCAAAUAUUUUUGGUUUGGUUACCGUGGCUUCUAAUGAUGAAUCGUCCAGGUUAUAAGCAUCGGAAAGGGAAAGCUGUUCGUUCCGAUGCAGAUACUGCUCAUAUUUUAACAAAAAUAGAUACGAGUCAUAACUUUUAUACCAUUCCCUUUACCCAACUUGGAUUAGAACGAAAAGUUGGAGAUGGAAUUUUUGUUUCCAGACGAUGCAAAUCUCAUUUACCCCGAGAAAAAUUUGACGUUGGAUUAAAAAACGAUUCUCAUGAACUGAUCCACUGUCAACCAGUACACCUGUUCCAAAAAUUUCAGGAAGACUGGAGGUUUGCAGCGAGGGCACUCGACAGACUUUGCCUAUAUGUUUUCUCAGUAUUUUUGACCGUCUGCCUGUGUGCAAUAUUCCUCUCAUCGCCGUACCUCAAUGCUUAG